CACGAGUACAAAUUGCUCGCUAGCGCUCGCGUCCGAACUUCUGGGGCGACUUAGCAGACGGUGAUAACACACAAGGAGCACAGCAGGCUUUCCCUUCCCGGCCUUUCCCCUCUUCAAGAAAGCGUGCUCUCCUGACCGCUCAGCGUUUGCCGGCUCGGCAUCGGUGCGUGACUGAUCCAGCUGCUCGUCGGGUCUCAGCACCCUUCUGCUGCACACACACAACAUUCCUCCUUGAUAUGGGAGUUGGGCCAGACGUGACCCCCGGACAACAGACCACCCAACCAGUCACCCCACCAGGCGCCCACGGAUAACAGGACCACACACCAACCAGCCCAUCAAGGACAGGAUCCGGCCAUCCCCCGUUCGUCUGUGUUUUUGGCCCUUUCCGUUUCUGCCAUCCAUCUAGGAGAGAGACAUUUAUCCCACAGGACCACAGGGACUAAGAUCAUCAGGGACCAGAACCCCCAGGACAGAGACAACCAUCCACACACAGUGCUCACACGCCAGGACAGGGUGCAGGCUCGUGACCCGCCAGACCGUGCGACACGAGACUUGCUCGUUCCCAAUAUCUGGAGCUGCCAGAGGGAGGACGUGGAGAAUCUGCACCAUUUUCGUUUUCUUUCUUUUUUUUCUUCGUUUCUGCCAUUUCUCAACCGCAGGAGUUCGGACACCAUAUCCACCCUGGUCUUUUCGUCUUCUGCUCGCCGCUGGUCCGCAUUCUCCAGUUGAGCCUUCAAGCCGUCAAGCCAGUCAAAAGCGGCAGACGCUAGCGUCGUGGGCUCCGAGUGGCAGGCAUUGCAGUGACCGCCACCUGCAGCUGCAGCAGAGAUCCAUUACUAGUCUAACAGGACCCGGAGCAGGGAGCAGGCCGCCCCAGACGCCUUUUCACUACCGAGUCUGUGUCAGCGGCGCCCUCUUUCCGGCCAAGACCCCGGUCCAGGUGUCGUCAUCGCCUCGCCCGCCAACCUUUCCCCUCCCAAUCCCACGUCUCGAACCACCAGCUCCACUCGGGCUGCUUCUCUGUCGGCUACUGCAGCUGCCACCCUCCAGCAGCAACCCAUCCAUUCUCGCUCUCUCAUAUCCCCUGCUGCUACCCCUUCUCGAGCGCUUGGUUUUUGCUCUUUUAUAGCAUCUCCCGAAACGCUCUUGUCACAUCAACGCUUCACCCAGACGGCAACCCUUCAGCAACUCGAGAGUAGGCAAAAGUAAAACGGAUUGCCGCUCAGGAAUAAAAGGGAAUAAAAGGUGUGGUGUCGUGUCACCCAGCCACCUCUAAACAGCGGCUCCCUGCAUACAUCAAUCACCCCACGUCGGUUCAUCCAAGACCACACAAGCCAUGGCUGGCCGCGGUGACCGAUGGGAUCGAGAGCGGUUCCACCCGGAAGCAGGAAACACUCGGUUCGACGAGCGCAGCCGCUACGAUGACGACGACGACGUCCGUAGCUACACGAGACGUGCAUCGCCGCCGCUCCGCUUUCGCGACGACGAGAGACGGCGAUCGGCCUUUGACGACGAUUUUGUCCGUCGGGAGCGCCGCUACCAUGACGAUGAGCCCCGUUCCGCCCGCCGUCCGCCCUCGCCACGCCGCGAGGAGUAUGAGCGCCGCGUCAUGAUGGAGAAGGAGCUUGGAAGCCCCUCCCCCCGCAGGCCGCAGCGCCCUGGCACGCUGCUCAGGCGCCAGUCGAGCCUCGACACUUUCGACCGCCGCCCCAGGGGCUUCCACGACCACGUCGAGCAGUAUGGCCCGCCCGCCCGCCGCGAGGACUACCGCCCUGACCCAUACGCCCCCAUCCCCCUCCCGCGGACUCGCGCGCUGCCCCCGCCGCGCCGCUACGAGAGCGACGAGAUCCGCAUCUCGGAUCCGGACUACUACGGCGACGACGCCUUCCAUGCGUACCCGGAACGCACUGUGCGUGAGCGUGAGGUCGUCCGGACUCGCAGGCGAGAGCGCAGCCACUCUCGCACUCGGAGCCAUCGCAACCACUCCCCCACCCGGAGCCAUCGCAGCAGUACCAUCCGCAGCAGCUCUAGGUCGUCCAGCACCAGCAGCAGCUCGUCGUCCCGCACAGCCACCACUGUGAAGAGCGAGUAUCCCAAGAAGGGAAAGACACGCAUCCCUGCCAAGCUCGUCUCGAAGCGUGCCAUCAUUGAGCUGGGAUACCCCUUUGAGGAAGAGGGAAACACCAUAAUCAUCCAGCGCGCGCUUGGCCAGGAAAACAUUGAUGAUCUGCUGAGGCUAAGUGAAGAAUACAAGAAAUGCGAGGCCGAGAUUUCGGCCGCUCGUUCUGAGGUUGGUGAGGUGAUUGAGGAGCGGCGUCGCGAAGAAGUGUGGGUGACAUCGCCGCCGCCGCCGCCUCCGGCUCCUGUUGUGGUGCCGAUGCCGAUGCCGGUGGCUGUUCCACCGCCGCCGUCUGUGGUUUAUCGGGAGGAGCCGGCGCCAUACAUCGUCAACGCCGCACCUCCACCGCCGCCCCCUGCCCCCGUUGCGCCGGCCGUCAUGAACACGACCACGACCAUGGUGGUGCGCGACACGUCGCCGACGCGCUCGACGGCCUCGUACAGCUCGUACACAACGGACUCGACGUGGGGCCCCGUCAUCGUGGACGCUGGCCCGCGUGGCUACCACGAAUACCGCGAAGUGUCGGAGGAGAUGAGCGUCGGGCCGGUGGCCCUGGUGGACCGCAAGCACCGCAGGCACCGGUCGCACUCGCACUCGCGCGGCGACCUCGUCCGGGCCGAGAGGCUGAGCGACGGCCAGCUCGUCAUCUAUGAGGAGCGGGUGGAGAAGGUCGAGGAGCCGCGCCGGGGCGUGCGCAUCGAGAAGGACAAGAAAGGUAGGAUGUCCAUCAGUGUGCCGAAGUAUCGGUGAAGGUACCAGCCGACAUUCCAGAGGUCCUCCUCCCAUGCUUCUUCGCGCCAUGCUUGCCACCCUCACCUAAUGCGGUUUAACUACCUUUUGCGGACCGGCUGUUGCAGUUUGUGGCAUUUCGCGCCGCUGUUUCUUUUCGCUCUGAAGUUUUCUCUCUUUCGACAUGGCUGCUCUGCUCCAUCCACAUGAGCACCGAUUCCUAUUGUCGACACUCUUCCACGGUACUCCUUGACAUCGCAUAGACUGCUGGUCACUGCAAGUUGAGGGAGGGAGAAUUACAUGAUAUAUCGGGCACAAGGGUCGACUUUUAUGUUUCGAUUACACGAUCUGGGCGGAGUUGUUACGGGGCUUAUGAUGACGAUGUGGCAUGAUAUCUGUUUUCUAUUUGCUGUCGCAGCGUAUCGACAUACUAUGGUGUUUUUUUCUGCCGACGUGCCAUCCAUUGCGAACACGAUCCAUGGUUGGCCUGGAGUUAACAAUGAGUAAAUGAUUUGACGA